AUGAAGCGGAACCGCGUUCCGUAUAUCGAUUUCGAGACAGGCUUUCCAAAGGGGGAGCCACCCAAGCAAAGUGUUGGGACAGCCUUCACGCUCGCAAAGCAGCAAAAGCUUGAGCGAUUGUUGGAGGCGACACCUCAAACCACCUUCCGGGGACGUGUGAUCAAGCAGCUGUCAACAAGGAGAAUUCGGCACUCUGGCCGGGGCGAUGUUGGCAGGAUUACGACGCGUCACAGAGAAGGCGGCACUAUGCAGCGCCUCCGCUUUGUGGACUUCAAGCGCGCGCGGAAGGAUAUUCCAGCCUCGGUCCUCCGCAUCGAGUACUCUCCCGAGAGGACGUCGCAUGUGGCUCUGAUACAAUACCAGGAUGGUGUCCUGAGCUACAUCUUGGCCCCGCUGACCUUGCGCCCUGGAGACCAGGUUGUCGCCAGCGAGACGGCUAACAUUGUGCCUGGCAACUGUUUGCCCCUGAGGAGUAUUCCAGCUGGUUCCAUCGUCCACAACAUUGAGCUGCGCCCAGGCGCUGGGGGGCAGCUUAUCCGUGCUGCCGGUACCUUUGCGACCAUCAUCACGAAGGACCAGCACUUUGCCACCAUCAAGCUCCGGUCCACCGAGAUCCGCAAAUUCCCAUUGGAGUGCUGGGCAUCAAUUGGGCAGCUGUCGCACCUGGAGCGGGCCAUGCGCUUCAAAGGCAAGGCAGGCGUGAACCGCUGGCUUGGCUGGCGACCUUCGGUGCGCGGCAACGCCAUGGAUCCGCCCGGGAACGUAGAGUUCGCGCAAGCCUACCCAGUUGGAAAUCCAACUCUCGCAAUCCGGAGCAGCGCUAACCCGAUUCCAGGUUCUAACGUUGCUCAGCCCAUUGUUUCUGUUUUUGCAGAACACCAUUUUGGCACAAUCCACCUGCCAUCUCCCUUGCCUCGGUCAGAUGCAGAAGAAGUUCGGCAUCGCAAGCUGAGUGGCGAAGACUUCCGAUGGGCAGUGCUUUCAGAUCUGGACUAUCCCAACGGCAUGGGCUCUGAGGAGAAUCAUGUCCACAACAUCUUCUGGGUGGCCAACAUCCCCGGGGACUGGAUGGCUAUCAACCAGACUGCAGUGACACAGCUGGCAGAGUUUGCGCCCACAAUGUUGGUGGGAAGAAACAGCCUCGGCGCUCGAGGCAUGGAGGCACCCUGCCCCAAGCGAGGGAUGCAUCGGUAUCACGUGGUGAUGUGGUCGCUGGACUCGCAGCUGGAUGACAUCGACUCUGACAUCAGCUACCAGGCUCUGAAGUCUCUCCUGGAGGAAGCCAAAGAUGGCAAAGUCGCCAAGAGAAAAAAGAAGGAGGCCAAGGGCCCUGACGAGGCGGGUGCGACAAAACUAAAAUCGGCAGAUGAAAUCUUUGGCCCGAGCGGCGACGAAGCUGAGGACGGCCGGGAGGAAGGUGAAGAGGAGGUCGCCGAGCAGGAUGCCGUGGUAGAGCAGGGGCCACCCGGCGCUCCUACAGGCUUCACCUUGAAGUGGGACUGGGAAGCAGAAACUUCCCAAAGCCCGCAGGGAAACGAGGCGAAGUACGAGGACCUCAUGCUCUACCAGGUUGGUAUUGCCAACAACGAAGUGGCGAUUGUUGUGAUACCCGACCUUUGGGGUUGGCGGAUGCCGCGAGUGCGGCUGCUCGCCGAUUACCUGGCGCAGGCAGUCCAAGGAAUUGUAGUGGUGCCUCGGAUGCUGGACACCCCGCCUUUGCAGGAGGGUGGGAAUGAUGAUGGCAUCCCGGAGGAUUACCCCCUACUGGAGACGGACUUGGAUACCGGAAUGGCAAGCCUAAAAGGCUGGCUCAUGAAGAACACAUACGAGUUCUACCUGUCCAAGUUCCGGCUGGCUGCGAACUAUGUGCGGCGGCAGGCCAAUGCAAACAGGAUAGGCAUCGUCGGGCUUGGUUGGGGCUCCUGGAUUGCUUGCUACGGCGCCGAGUACUUGGGGGCUGAGUUCGGAUGCGCAGUGAUGACCAGUCCAUUGCUGCAUCGCUUGGGCCUUUGGGACGGAGUGGACCCCGAGCGCCUGAUUAUGAAGUGCGACGGCCCUGUGAUCUUCAUGGUCUCAGCGGAUGAGCCCACCGAGUAUGAAAGAGGAGGAGCAUACUUCGCCGUGAACUCGCAAAAGUUUCUCAGGUCGACGGAGUGUUCCGACUUUAGGACAAUGAGGAGCGGCUUCGUGACCCAGGCCAACUUCGAGGAUCCGGCCGCGCGCAAGGAAAUCAUCCGCGCCUUUGAGAAGACUGCUGCCUUCCUCCGUAAGUUCCUGUGGCCUUUCCCGCUCGGUGGAGGAUACGCCUAUCUCAGGUAUUUGGCUUCCAAGGGCGACUUUGAAGCUAUGCAGGGACUCCUUCAACUCGGCGUCCCUGCUGGCGGCCAAGAUAGCAUUGACGAGGUCGAGCAGCCGCCCAUCAUGUACGCUGCACGGGAUGGGCACAGAGAAGCCGUGAAGCUUCUCGUGCAGUACGAGGCCGAUGUCAAUGAGAUUGGCGGCAUUCCCGUCGAAACGGCCCUGCACGUAGCCGUGCAGAGUCACAAGUUCAAAGUGGUACAGAUGCUGCUGUCUUUGCGUGCUGAUCCUCAGCUGAAGGAUGCUGGAGGGCAGGGACCCCUGCACCGGGCGGCCCGCGAGGGCGCGAUACACGCAUUGCAGACGCUCAUCUCUGCCAGCGCGGAGGUGGACAUGAGGGACACUUGCGAGCAAACACCCAUGCACAUCGCAACCUACUUUGGGAGGGAAGAGGUCGUGAGGACACUCCUUGCGUCGAGAGCAGACGCUGUGGCUGAGAACAUUCGUGGCCAAACUCCGCGAAAGGUAGCCGAGCGCCUUGGCUACACUACCAUCGCCCAGAUUAUUGACAAGGAGAUCGAGAGACGGGAGAUCGAAGAGCUCUAUGCGGCGGAAGAGCGGGAGCGGGCUGAGCAGCAGCUCAAGGCUCUCCUGGAGCAGGAGGGCACGGACACUCGGCCGUUGUCGAAGGCGUCAAAACGCAGCGCGAGAUCGUCGGGGAAGUCAUCGAGACCCUCCACGCGACACAGCACACGGAACAUGAAGUCAUGA